UGACAAAAUAACAAAAUUUGAGUUUGUUUUCAUGGCGGUCAAUAUGGACGACGAAGCACAACUUUUAUUUUUCGACACAUUUUCGCACGAAACGUCUGAAGAACUCAAUUUAGACUUGGUGCAAUUUCCAAAGCCUGUUUUACUUUCGGAAGUGCGGAUCAUACCUUUGGGCGCUAAGGUCCAAGCCGACUUUCCAGGCGGAGUGCGUUUGGGAGCCACAAACCCUUCACAGUUCACGAUAGAAUUUUUCGUCAAUGACCUGAGCAAACCUGGCGCGGCGACCUUCGAAAGUCUUGGAUCUCUGGAGUACAAGCAGAAUGGAAACAUACAGCUGCCCUUUGACAGGAAAUCCAUCUCGCAAAUUCCGACUGAUGGUCUGGUUCUGCGAGGACUGUACACGACCAUCACGCUGGCUGUGUAUGGCAGCGUUAGCAAGAGCCUGACAGAUAACACAAACGCCAGUUCUUCGGCGCAUGCAGCUUCUGCUCAGAAUGUAGAGACUGAGAGUCGAUCGCCACGACCCGAGUGGACUUCAAAUGACUCUGGGAACGCUCAAAGAUUCAAAGAUUCUCAAGAACAAUACCCAAGGAACUAUUCACAAGACACAAGGACCUAUCCGCAGCAGGAGUAUGGAGGCAAUUUUGGAGAUCAGUGGAAACAGUCUCAGAAUUCUGGGGAUGGCUAUGAGAAGGAGCAAUGGGAUAGCCAGCGCGGCGGCAAUGAGCGCUGGGAACGUGGCGAGGGUGGACCUGCAAGGCACGGCGCAGGCCGCGGUAACUGGGAGUGGAACGAGGCGAGGACAAACGACUACCACGAGCGGCAAGAGUGGGGCGGCAGCCGCGGCGCGUCCAGACGCAGCUGGGACGAGUCGAACGCUCGCAAGAGGCCGCACACGCCGCCGAUGGACGAGAAAAAAUGGACUAAAUCGAAUGAGAAGCCUCCCGCCGAGGUGGAGGCCAAAGAAGAAAGUACUGUUGCCACUCCGUUUGAGGCUCUGUCUCCUGGAGAUGUAGAGUCCAUUUCAUCUGACGGGGACAUCGGGGACACUUUCGAUGACGGAGACUUGGGCAAUGGCGUUGAGGCGAACUCGCCUGUUCAAGAGCCAAACCAGGAAAAUAGUCCCCUCUCCACUCCUGACCAGGACCCUGAGCAGUAUGAACCAAUCUUGAGCGAUGAAGACAUGGACGAUGCGGAGUUUCAGGACUAUGAAUUCGACGACAUCAAGGAUAUCCCAAUUGAGAGAACGCCACUGUUUGAUCCAAAUAAGCCGCUGCGGACUCUAGAAAAUUUGUCUGAUCCGAGCUUAAGUGUUGGAGAGAAUAUGAAGCAAAACGCCAAGUUGGCUGCGAAAGUUGAUCCAAGCAGGUUCAUUGAGCUUGCUGAUAAGAUCAGAUCUUCAGAAGACAUGUCUGAAACCUGGGUGGAAAAUCUAGAGCAAUUGGCUCCAUUGGUUCCAACUUCUCUUCACUUCAAACCUGAGUUUUUACCAAAGUUAGUUAGCUGGGUGAAAAUUGGUCUAGACGUGGAGAAGGCGAAGGAGCAGGCGGUGCCAGCCUUCAAGGUGCGCCACCUCAAGGCGGGACUGCGUCUUGCGUUUUCACUAUGCUCUGCUGGAAAUGACGCCCUUGCCUCCCUGGUGGACGCGGGCCUGUUUGGCAUGAUCACGCAGCUCUUAAAGGAAGACUGCAUGGCCCUGUCGCUGAAGCUGCUGGGUAUUCGGGUUCUGGACUGCACCCUCUCCAACAGCAACACAAUGGAGCGGUUCUUUGAGUUUGAGCCAGAGCGAGGUCGCAAUGGCGUGAGCUUUGUGCUUGAGCUGUGGCGUAAUACCAAGGUGACCAGGGUCAAGUUCGCCCUUAACAACCUGGUGCGGAAGAUCAACCUCUACGAGACGCUGCGGUUCAUCCAGCAGGCAUGCUCGGACGCAAAAUUCGACCAGGACUCCAGGGUCAGGCUGACGUGCGCAUUUAAGUUUGUUCAGGACGCGUUCACAGACAUGAAAAUGAAACUCGGCCAGUUCAACCGCUUCCUCCCGGUGGCUGCGCACUUCAACUUCCCUGUCAGCACGCAUGAACCACACGUGGCAGUUUACGCGUUCAUGAAGUCAGCCAAGCUGCUUGAGUGCUUCCUGGCGUGCCUGUCCGCCGUUGAGCCGGACGACGAGCUGUGCCAGCAGGUGCUGGCGCUGAUUGGCGGUCUGCUCAAGGAGGAGCACGGCCUGCGAUUCCUCGCCUCGCAGCCGGGGCAAACGCAGGUGCUGAUCCGCGCCCUGACCGAUCUGAGAGAGCCGCUCGGCGCUGAGCUGGCUUACUGCAUGCGCAUCCUGGCCGUGCUGGACGAGCUGGCCAACGCUGACACUGAUGAAAUUCGCUCAGAGGACGACAUUGAGACGUUUAAGGCGCUGCAAAUUUUGUGUGAGACCCCGGCUGGCCGGCUCAACGUAGCGCAGGUUCUCUCCAUGGCCGACCACUCAGAGCCGCUGUUCAAAAUCGCUAAGGCUACGCCACCAACGUCAGCGUCCCGCAACCUGAGCCUCGACUUGAUCCAUUCAACUGUGUCCAUGGUCGACUGCCCUGAAUACCUUUUCCGUUACCAGCAGCACCUCAGCCAGAUCUUCACCGAGGAGAACAAGCUUGCCCACCUUGCCUUUUGGGUCAAGCAUUUUGACUGCUCUAACAUCCAAACGCUGUGCCAAGAAUUGAACGCCAACAUAGACAAAGCCAAAUCCAACGCGGAGGAGCUGGUGCCCAUCGUCAGAGCCCUUAAGUACCUGGCCCUGCCCAAGCUGGACGACAGUCUAGAUGAGUUCGAGAACGCCAGCAAGAGGCAGAUGCUGCUUGAGCUCUUCUCGCAUGACGGCCUCUUCAUCCUGUCCAAUGUGCUGGCAUCGGUGGCCUCGGCCUUCGAGCACCCUGAGCUGCACGCCGCCACCCUCUCCGGCAUCAAGGGGCUAAACCUCAUUAAUCUGAUUCUGCCCUGUCUCGCUCUGCUCAGGGCCAUCUUGACGCUUGUCGCGUCCAGCCAAGGAGCUGAGUUCAAGAAUCUCACACCAGUUGGACCUCUUUUGAGCAUCUAUGAGCUGCUGCACGCGUAUAGGAGCGACACACCGUUUUUUGCGAGCGUGAACGAGAGUCUGCAGCUGACGGUGAAGUCGUUGAUGGCGUACACACAGCCAUGCUCAGAGGAACAGCUACCCAAGAGUACCUGGACGCAGAUGGCGGCCGAGGUGUUCAAGCACAUUUCGCUGCGGCCGAACACUGUGCUGCCGGGGCUGGACCUGCUUUCGAAGCUACUGCCUAAACCACUGCCGGUCUGCGGCACCAGGCUGAUAAGAAGUGACGAUGAGAAGCGCAUUCUCACUUUCUACCGGCUGUGGGGAGCGCACUUACACCCGCUCGCCUCCGCCAUACACGAGAUGAUCAACCUCUUCGGCGUCUCGUCUGUCCGCAAACUCGCCACUAAGAUGCUCGAAAUUUGCCGACUCAUUUCUGAUUUGGGGCCCAGUCUGGCCUUGAUUGUUGUGCAGUCUGUUGUCGAAGGCUUGGUUUCCAGUAUUAAAUUGGACCGCAAAUUGGACUACAAUUCAGAUUCUACGCGAAGGAGGCUGUGCCUAUUGACGGCUCUUAGCGCUCGGGGUGCGCCGAAAAUUGCUCUACUCCACCUCUUGCGCACCGGUGGAACUGAGGAAAACGGAUUAAUCACGCUCUUCAAUUGGGUAAUCCAUAGGAACGUGCAAGACAAACGCUACACGGAGACGAAACUCAUUCUGCAGUUUGUAGACAAUCUCUUCCAGCCGAAAGAGACUGUGUUCUCGUCCGAGUGGCAGUCCGUUCCAAGCAGAGAAAUUAUCCAAUCUGUUUCCCAUUGCCUGCUUGACUUGAUCGCAUUUUUGACAAAGGAACAAAAAAGCAGCCUUUCCAAGGACAUAAUUUCCGCACUCUCCGCUUUGCAUUUAAUUUCUGGUACAGAAGUCGGACUGCACUUUGUGAAAAUGUGUUUAGAAACUAAGUCCGAGUGUUUGUCGAAUGUGUUCAGCUAUUGUGUGGCAGUAGAAGACAACCGGGAAGAAAUGCUUUCUAGAACAAUCGUGCUUUUGAAAAAGUGCUACCCGUCGUUUGAGUCGUCACCUUCACAACUGUCAAAAAUAUGCGGAUGUGACGUGGGCAAUCAAGAAAAUCAUCCAUUGAACCGACUUAAUGAACUCAACCUGAGACCUGAAAUUAAUGACCUGUUCAAAGUAGCGUCUGCCGUUCAAGCUUCUGACCUACCCCUAGAAACAGUUUUAGAGACUGAAGUUCCUACGGUGCCAGUGGCAGAGCAACUACCCGUGCAAUUCUUGCUGCAAGAGCCGACGAGGGAGAGUGAGCCCCCAGCGGAACUGGAUCUGCCAACGCUGCCAGAGUCGAAAGAACACCUCAAAAUCCUGGACCUUGCUGAACUUGUGGCCGCCGCCCUGCCAGAUGUUAAUCUGGCGCAGGAAAUAGAUAAACUGAACAGUAUGCACCGUGGAGACGACAUGCGACUAAGUCAAAACGACGUGUCUCUCUCCAGGGAGAGGGCUGUGCGUAAACCCAUGUCUGCUCCAAUACGAGGAAGACUGCUUUUCCCAAGAUCUGUGCCAUCAUCAAGAGGAGACACUUUCCGAUCGCGGCCACCAAACACGUCACGACCACCAUCUCUGCACGUUGACGAUUUCCUUGCCCUUGAGAGCGCCGGCCAGCAGCCGACGGGACCUACUGGCUAUAACAAGCAAACAAUGCGCGCAGCCAAGGAUUUGCUUGUGCCCAGACAACGCAUGCGGGGAAGGUCGAUGGCGCCAGACCGAAGUGGCAGAUUCAUGGCAACCCCAGCUCCCACAUACAGAAGAUAGUGUUAACCAAUGGCAAUUAAAAGAUUUUAUCUUAGAAAAACCA